CAAGUUGCAGUUCACGUUUCAGGGUCAUCAAACUUGACCAUGGUACUGGAGAGCCCUUCAGAAAGGGCCGAUGGACUUGCACAGAGUUCUAUGAGAARGACUCAGAAGGUAACACUGUGGUUAACAGGACUACGGAUAACAUUAGGCAUGCCAAUGCAUUUGACCCCAGCGCUGACMGGGACAGCGGGCUGGGGUUGACGGGUGGUGCGGUGGUUGCACCGUCGACUCACUCCGGCCAGGGCCUAGACUCCAUAGUGGACGCUGCUGCUCUUAACGCCUUGCACGUUCACCCAAUGGACACAAUGCAACAGCAGCAGCCCCACCACCAAAACUACAACAUGGGGCAGCCUGGAACAGCCACACACAACACUUUCCCCACCAACAACCUCAUGGCUGUCCCAGGUCAGCAGCCAACGCUGAGUACUAUCCAACCUGCUGCCAACCAGAACCUCUUUCCUGUGGGGCUCAACGGUCUUCCUCAAAGUGGCAUUCACAUACAGAAAUCCCCAAGCAUGACCCCUGCAGCCCUGACCCAGACGCUGGCUUACCCUCCCCAGCAGCUUCCACUGGGACAGCACAUGCCCAACCAGCCCCCAGGCCUGCCCCAGAACCAGGCAGACUACUACCAACAGAACCAGCCUGGCAUGCAGGCAGUGGCCUCAGCCGGCCAGACCCUCUAUGUGGGACAGACUGUGGGUCAGGGCCCGUCACUGGUCAUGACUCCCGCCACCGGGGUUCCGAUGCUGGGGCAGGUAGGGGAGAUGGCAGCAGUGGGGGGAGGAGGUUCUUUACCUGUCAGUCAGCCAGCUUCAGGCCUGAUGAGUGGAGGUGUGGGAGGUGUUGGAUCAUUCAUGGUACUGGGCGGAAGCUCUACUCUGCAACAGCUUGUAGGUCAGUAUGGCCCCACGGGUAUUCGUCAACCUGUCGGCCUCCACCCUUCGCCACCCGGCACCCAAAACGUGCCCAUCAUUGUGUCCAGUGCCUCCAGCGCCACCACAUUAGCCCCCACCGCCAUGCCAAACCUGACUGCCUCCUUGUUGCCCGCGCAACAAGCCCGCGAUGGCAGGGGGGCGCAGGGCCUCCCGGCGGCUGGGUUCAGCCAUGUGGAGGAGGGCCAGCCUCCUGCCUUCUCCGAGAAAAACCUGAUGAAGAUCCCUGAGAGCCUGCAGCUGGCCAACAACCCCUCUGUGAACAGCCUGUUUGGAAUAGCCAUAGACGGGGACGAGGACAGGACCCCCUCCAUGGUGUUCUACCGGGCCUUCCAGUCUGGCAGCAGGCUGCAGGACUCUAAGGCCCACAAUGAUAGUGCCUCUGGAGCCAGUGUUGUUGCCAUUGAUAAUAAAAUCGAACAGGCGAUGGACUUAGUGAAAAGCCCAUUGAUGUAUGCAGUGCCGUGAGGAGGUGGAGGUGCCUGAAGGAGCAGAUCAAGGAGCUGUUUGAGAGGAAAUCUAUGCUGGACAGGAGAACGCCGUGCUGAAAUCCCUGGCCAACGUGACCAGCUGUCUGAGCUCUCCGUCUGGCCGGCCGCCACAAACUCCUCCUGCAGCACGCCUCCCCAGCAAGGGGUGGCCAAGGCCAGCCACAGCUCCAGGCCCAACCUCAAACGCAGCCCAGCUCCAGCCUCAGCUCCAGGCCCAGCAACUCCAGCCUCAGCCUCACCAACUCCAGCCCAACCCCAGCUUGACGCCAGCCAGCCUUUGCUGCAACCGCAGCCCAACGGCAACUCCGCUUGAAGUGCAUCCUCCCCAGCAGGAGAAAAAGAAAAGCAGAAAAGCACCCUCCAAUUAUUCUAAAUUAGCAUACGAAACAACAAAACAAUUAUAUUGUCUUGUUCUCCACCAGCUUGGCCACCACAACCAAGAGCAGUGCUUCUGUGCCUGUUUGGCUUCCCAGUGUUAAUGCAAUCAUUGCGCGAGAGAGACGGGGGCUUUUCUUAUGGGGCGCCAUAUGAGCCUGGACUGGUUGAGUGCUAUGUCAGAGCCUGUGGACCAGAUCCCCCCCGCCCCCCCCUGGCCACAAAGGAGCUGUGCAGCUCACAUGAGAGGAUGAAUCCGAGCGUCCCAGAGAUUUUUUUGUUGUUGUAAGAGAUGUAUUUUUAGCCUUGCUGUUUCAUGUUGUAAGUAAGAAGUGGGGGAGAGAUCUAUUUUCGGAGCCGCGCCACCAUUUUCUUCUUCGACAUAAGUCCAAUCCAUGCAUCAGUCUAAAGUUCUACGGUUAAUGUCUAUUUAUUACGGGGCUGCUAUUUUCAUGAAAGGAACAAUGUCACAACUUUUUUUUUAAAGAGCCUUUUUUUUUUUGUCAUCAGUGUUUAAAAUAAUAGUCUGUACACACAAUGGGCAGUGUUACAUUAACCAGUUGAAUAUGUAGGCAAUAAUAAAGAAACUCUGACAUGCGUCUAACACUAAACAGGCAGUUUUACAAUGGAAUUGUUUAUCCGCACCAGUCAAGAUCCAGUUUGAAUGUACAUUUUUGUAUAGUGUAAAGUAUUAAGAACAUAGCAAAGUUUGUACAGGUGAACACCAAGUCUUCUGACAGGAAAUCUGAAAGUGAAUCUGCGGUAGACUAUUUUUAACAAACUUCCAAUCCAAUUGCUAGUUUCUUUGUCUCCAAAAUGGAACGUUUGUCAUACACUCGUGUCUUCUUGAACAUGUGUUUUUGGGGUGGGGGGAAAAAAGCUGUGAAAUCGUUCAUACCUACUUUGUAACCAAAGAUGCAAAGCUGUAAUUCCAUUUAUUUUGUUAUGUGCACUUAUGUMUUUUUUUCUUCUCACUUUCACAACAAAAURUUUUUGUUGCUGUUUAGCAUGUUCUGCAUGAUCUGUAAUCUUCAAACCACUUUCUUACCUCAUAUUUUUAUUCAGCACUCUUAUUGUAAGAUAGUCUGUGAACAAUGUAAAUGGGGGAAAAAGACAUGGAGACAAAGAGCUAGGGUUUUGGGUAGAGCGAUACAAACAAGUGUUACGUACACUAGCUACAGAAAAUGAAGUGAGCCAUGUUUUGUUCAUUUAAAUGGUGUUUGAAUUUCAUAUGCCAAUAGUUUUGUUACAUUGCAAAUUUAAUGUAUUUAAAUAAAUGCAAUAUUCAGAUUC